AUGAAAGAGAUUGUUGUAGCCAUUGGCAAGCGAUCCAGUCAUGAAUUCAGCACAUCGCACGUCAAGUUGGCCAACGGCAGGGCUCUGGACAAGAAGCAGAUGAAGAGAUACCUCGGUGAUCAGAUUCGACACCAGUCGAUUGAUCCCAUUUUGCCAGGAGUGCUGCCAUCAUGGAGCCUCCCAUAUGCGGCAUACGCGAAGGCCUUUGGCAUAACGCCCAACCAACCUUUCCCAUUCGGCCCGGUAGGCGCAACGCCAGACUACAUGGACAUCCAGCCUUGCGAUGCCACCACACCGGGAGGACACGCAUUUGGUCCGUCACCAACAACUCAGCUAGUGCGUAAAAAGGUUGCGUGGGACCGCUCCAGUCUGCUCUUUCAGGGGCGCCAUAAAGAACUGUUGGAAAGCUGUGGUAGGGAUGAUCGCGUGUAA